UCCAACGUCAGCAGAAGAAAUCUGCUUCCAUCUAGUCAGUGUGCAGCUAGUGAUUUGGAACAUUCGCUCUGUAGCUUGUGCAUGUGAUGCAAACUGUUAUGGUGCUUGGUCUUGGUAUAUUAGAACUGCCUUGUUAAGGAAGUGUGUGGAGACUUCCUCUUCCAUAGAUCCUGAUUGUAGCCGUCAUUCCUUUCGGUCUUAACACUUGAGGUUCAUCUCUUGAGCGUCUUUUUCAUUUUUACCUCUGGUAGUGGACGCUUUGGAUAAGAUAGCUUUUGCUGAAUCAUUAAUAACUAAUUCUGGACCCGAGUGACCGUUUCAGUGAAGGUCUUGUGGUCUUCUGUGCUGUUUGAUUUCUUUACAAGUGACGAAUUUGUAAAGUCCCUCCCCAGGGUCUGUGAACAAUGCAGAACUUCUGGGGAGAUGUUGUGAAUCUGAGGACAACCAGAGGAUCUACGAUUUCCUCGGGCAAUGACGAGGAAGCCGUUGUUGAUCAGGGGAAAACCAGCUCUACCAUCCACACAAACUUCGAAAAAGAGGAACUUGAAAGUCACAGGGCAGUUUACGUGGGUGUACAUGUACCUUUAGGAAGACAAAGCAGACGUAGGCAUCGGCAUCGUGGUCAUAAGCAUCAUCGGAAAAGAAAGGAUAGGUUCGAACAAGAGGAUGGCAGAGAAUCACCAAUGUAUGACACUCCCUCACAAAGGGUCCAAUUUAUACUCGGCACAGAGGAUGAUGAUGAGGAGCACAUUCCUCACGACCUCUUCACUGAGCUCGAUGAGCUCUCUUUCCGUGACGGACAUGUAUAUGAGUGGAAAGAGACAGCCAGGUGGUUAAAGUUUGAAGAGGACGUAGAGGAUGGAGGAGAACGCUGGAGUAAACCCUAUGUCGCCACACUGUCCCUGCACAGCUUAUUUGAGUUACGGAGCUGCAUUCUCAAUGGCACAGUCAUGCUGGACAUGAGAGCAAACACCAUUGAUGAGAUAGCAGACAUGGUAAUAGACAACAUGUUGGCUUCUGGGCAGCUGGAUGAGAGUUUGAGGGAGAAGGUUCGGGAGGCCGUGCUGAAGAGGCAUCACCACCAGAAUGAGAAGAAGCUGAGCAACCGCAUCCCGCUCGUACGCUCCUUCGCCGACAUAGGCAAGAAACACUCAGACCCUCACUUGCUUGAGAGGAAUGGGGAGGGUCUCUCUGCCUCACGUCUGUCCCUCCUUAGACGCACCUCCUUCAUCUCCAACCCAUCUCCCCCAAACUCGCGGCGUCCUUCCAGAGAGUCCCGCUGGUCCCAUUCCUCCUCCGUUCUCAACCACCUUCUGCCCAGCGCCACCUCCACCCCUUCCGCCUCCCCCAACGUCUCCCCUACCGCCACCCCUCAAAAUACGCCACCCACCGCCCGCCACACUUCAUCGCCUCCAUGCUCCCCAGGACCCUUUCAGCAUGGGCCGGAGCUGCUGGUGGCACGGGGCAAGAGAGAGGACAUUCCAGUGGUCAUGUUGUUCCCACCUGAGGAGGAGGAUUUUCUGUCAUGGUCAUCUGUCAAUCGGGAUGAUCAGGUGUUGCCCGACCCGGCCCGGCUGGAACAGCUCCUGUCCCUACCUCAGUCAGGCCUCCUCGCAUCACCCCAGUCAGCCCCAGGGAACCUGGAGAACAGCAAACCCAGUGAAAGCCGUAUAAACGUGGCCGGGGGCAGCAGGGAAAACAGCACUGUGGACUUCAGCAAGGUGGACAUGAAUUUCAUGAAGAAAAUUCCUCCAGGCGCUGAGGCUUCAAACGUUCUGGUGGGGCAAGUUGAUUUUCUUGAGUGUCCAAUCAUCGCAUUUAUUCGUCUCUCACCUGCUGUUCUCCUCACUGGACUGACUGAAGUGCCUGUUCCUACCAGGUUUCUAUUCCUGCUGCUGGGGCCUUUUGGUAAAGGGGCACAGUACCACGAGAUUGGCCGGUCGAUAGCUACUUUAAUGACAGAUGAGAUCUUUCAUGAUGUGGCAUACAAAGCCAAAGACAGGAAUGACCUCCUCUCUGGAAUAGAUGAGUUUUUGGACCAGGUGACUGUGUUGCCCCCUGGAGAGUGGGACCCCACGAUACGAAUCGAGCCACCAAAGAGUGUCCCAUCUCAGGAGAAGAGGAAAAUACCUUCCACGCCGAAUGGCUCUGCAUCACUGUCAGAGACUAUCAAAGAAGAGGAGCACCACACUGGACCUGAACUUCAGAGGACAGGACGGAUAUUCGGGGGUCUGGUGCUAGACCUGAAGCGAAAGCUUCGGUUUUACUGGAGCGACGUGCGGGAUGCACUCAGCCUGCAGUGCUUGGCCUCCAUUCUGUUUCUCUACUGUGCAUGCAUGUCCCCCGUAAUCACCUUUGGAGGCCUUCUGGGGGAAGCCACCAAAAACAACAUAAGUGCCAUUGAGUCUCUGUUUGGAGCUUCCCUGACUGGUGUGGCCUUCUCUCUUUUUGCUGGUCAGCCACUUACUAUUUUAGGCAGCACUGGGCCAGUUCUUGUUUUUGAGAAGAUUCUUUUCAAGUUCUGCAGUGAAUAUGGUCUCUCCUACCUCUCUCUGCGCACUAGCAUCGGCCUGUGGACGGCCUUCUUAUGCCUUGUGCUAGUUGCCACGGACGCCAGCUCUUUGGUGUGCUACAUAACACGAUUCACAGAGGAGGCCUUCGCUGCUCUCAUCUGCAUCAUUUUCAUCUAUGAAGCAUUGGAGAAACUCUUCAACCUAGGAGAGAUGUACCCUUUCAACAUGCACGACAAUUUAGACAACCUCACCUUUUACACGUGUCAGUGUUCACCUCCAGACAAUACCACACAGGAGAUGGUACAUUUAUGGAAUCAGUCAGGGGUUACGUCCGACUCCAUUAAUUGGAGUGAGCUAGAUGUGCCGAUGUGCAAAGCACUCCAUGGCCAGUUUGUGGGUCCUGCUUGUGGUCUUCAUGGACCGUACAUACCUGAUGUGUUGUUCUGGUCUGUCAUUCUCUUUUUCACCACCUUUUUCCUGUCAGCUUUCUUAAAGCAGUUCAAGACCAAGAAUUAUUUUCCCACUAAGGUUCGCUCUUCCGUCAGUGACUUUGCUGUUUUUCUGACCAUAAUGAUCAUGGUCUUGGUUGAUUACUUGGUGGGUGUCCCCUCUCCUAAACUACAUGUCCCAGACACCUUUGAGCCCACCUCCAAGAAUCGGGGCUGGCUGAUCUCACCUCUUGGUGACAACCCCACAUGGACCUUACUAGCGGCAGCUAUUCCUGCCCUUUUGUGCACCAUCCUGAUCUUCAUGGAUCAACAGAUCACUGCCGUCAUCAUUAACCGCAAAGAACACAAACUCAAGAAAGGCUGCGGGUAUCACCUUGACCUUUUGGUGGUGUCAGUGAUGCUUGGUGUGUGUUCUGUGAUGGGAUUGCCCUGGUUCGUCGCUGCCACCGUCCUAUCCAUCUCUCACGUCAACAGUUUAAAGGUGGAGUCAGAGUGCUCGGCACCAGGAGAGCAGCCUAAAUUCCUGGGCAUCCGUGAGCAGAGAGUCACUGGUCUCAUGAUUUUUGUCCUUAUGGGUCUAUCUGUCUUUAUGACAUCUAUUCUAAAGUUUAUACCAAUGCCCGUGUUAUAUGGAGUGUUUCUCUACAUGGGUGUGUCCUCUCUCAAAGGCAUACAAUUCUUUGACCGGGUUAAGCUGUUUGGCAUGCCUGCCAAACACCAGCCUGACCUGAUAUACCUGAGAUAUGUUCCACUGUGGAAGGUUCACAUAUUCACUUUAGUUCAACUCACCUGCCUGGUGCUGCUGUGGGUCAUCAAAGUGUCUGCUGCCGCUGUGGUCUUCCCUAUGAUGGUUCUUGCUCUGGUGUUUGUGAGGAAGCUUCUAGAUUUCUGCUUCACAAAGAGGGAGCUCAGCUGGUUGGAUGACCUAAUGCCAGAAAGCAAGAAGAAAAAGGAGGAUGACAAAAAGAAAAAAGCAAAAGAGGAAGCGCAGCGCCUGAUGGAGGCUGAAGGCAUAGAGAUCCCUUAUGAUGGUGGUGAUCACCUGGGCAUCCCUGUCAAAGCUCUAAAAGUCAGCAUUGACCCCUCUGUGGUUAACAUAUCUGAUGAGAUGGCCAAAACUGCUGUGUGGAAAGCUGUUGCCAUGAACUCUGACAGUGCCAAAGUAUUGAAACCUAGUGCAAGUGGCCUUCCCAGUCACCGGAUCUGAAUCCAGUAGAACACCUUUGGGAUGUGGUAGAACUGGAGAUUCGCAGCAUCUGCAUCUGCAACUGACAAAUCUGCAGAUAUUGCAUGUUACAAUCAUGUCAUCAUGGACCAGAAUCUCAAAGCAAUGUUUCCAACGUCUUGUUGAAUCCAUGACAUGAAGAAUUGAGGCUGUUUUGAGAGCAAAGGGAGGCCCUACCCUGUAUUAUUAUAUAUUAUAGUGGUCUUAAUAAAUUGAGCAGUGAGUGUAUGUACAUGCUGAAGUGUACUCCAUUACCAAAAUAUCCAUCCCUACCUGGAUGCAGCACUGUGAUAUACACAGUACCCAGGUUAACAGGUUGUUCACAUUCUAGCUGUUAUUGUAUCAUUCAGGUAUUAUUUAAUUAAUUUAUGUAUCCAAACCUUUUUUUAUUUAAUUAUGAAAAUUUGGCAAUGUAUUCGGUAUGAAUUGUUUGCGAAUAUUUAGUACGUUUAAGUUGAGUAGUCAGCUUAGUGUGAACAGGCCUUUAUGCUGUUUUAAAAUUAUAGUUGUUCACAGAAUGCCUGUGAAAAAAGGGUUUUGGUUGUUUCAAUUGCUUUGCUUAUUUCUGCUGUUUGUCUUUCUUUGAUUUCAUCCUCUAAUGCAAGAGUUUUCAACCUUUACAGACCCAGGGACCCCCAAAAUAAAAAAAGAUAGAUUGUCUCGGUAAAACUUUAUAAUAACUUGCAUUAAGAACAUGAACUAUCAUUAUUACAUUAUGUAAUGUUUAAAUUGCUAGUUAAUGUUCGUUCAAGUGUCAUGAACAUUUUAAAAGAAAAUUGUUCUCCACACACCCCCUGCAGUACCUUAACGGACCCCCAGUGGUUCUUGGUUGAAAACCCUGCCUCUAAUUAUAUAUGCUGCUUGUAUUGUGAUAAUGGCAUUUGGGGGAAUUGUGCGACGCAACAGUUUUAAGUAAAUGUUUUCCUUCAUCUUUUUUGUUUACAGUGAAGAGAAGAGAACUAGUAUUAAGAUCAAUGUGGAAGAUGAACAGGGAGAGAAAUUUGUGGAUGCAGAGACAUCAUUAUGAGUAACGUGCAUGGAGCGCUCAUUGUGGACACAUAGGGCCCUCCAUUAGUCCACUUGGCUAUAAAAGUGUUUCUCUGUUCUGUGUGCCCUACCAACCAAAUCAAGCCAAAGGUAGACAUGCCAAUAGAGGGCUGAGAAAUGUGUUCAAGGUACAGUGUAUGUUUCUUUUUAUUUUGAUAGCUUACAAAAAAAAAAAAAUCCCUUUUUUAUUUUGUACAAUUUGUUUUUAAUAUGAAUACUAUGUUUUCAGGCAUAGGGUAUAUCAUGAGAAACCAAGGUGCUUAGAAUUCAUAUUUUGUUUAUUUUAUUUUUUUCAAUGUAGAUCUAAAGACAGAAAGUCUAAAACAAUUAGUGUUACACAUACAGUGCUGUUUCUGAUGGUACCAUGAUUUUCAGGCUGUCAUUAAAAUGCUAUUUGUUGCUGAGUGCUGCUUUUUAGAGGAGUAAUUGCACAUAUGAGAAAAUGUGCAAAGGUGAUGGAGGUGGAUAAUCAUCUGGGUGACUGGUUUUCCAAACUUCUUCACAUGAAGGACAUAUUAAAGCCUAAUGCAAAGUAAAUUCUUUGCUAUAUUAAAUAUGAUUGUUUUGUAAUAGUAAAACCUUUAUUCCCACUGAAGGUCUGUCAGAUUACUUGAAGAAUGAAAUAAUAGAUAUAAAAUUACUAUAUUAAAACAAAGAUGAAAAAACACAAGUCAGAAUAGAACAAGAACAUAUUAAAAAAGUUAAAUAAAUUCUUGCAGGCACUCUGAAAAUAAAUAGCAGCUAUGUUAGUAUUGUUGCUGAAAUAUUUGAGAAUUGUAAAUUACAAAGCAGAUUGUGUUACAGAGCUAAGCAAUAUUAGUUGUCCCCCAUGUUUUCAUGUGUUUACAUUUUUUUUGUGUUAUGAAAUAGAAUUUUGUAUUGUUGCAAUGUGUUGAGCAAUUAAUUUAUUAACUGUCAUUUAAUGGUCAAGUUCACCGAGGCGAUCGGGGCAGAAGGAUUGCUGCAAUGUUGUUGGCCUGUCAUGUUUUCCUUUUCUUUCCUGUUACUGGUGUUAAUGUGCACUUUAGGGAGGCUUACCAUCACCGCUGUAGGUCUGAAAACACCUUAUUUAUCUACUUUAGAGCAGUCUCAGGAAUCUUUCCCCACACUACUAUUUCUGCCUUCCUAUGUAUUUUAGUUUCCUCUUCAGUGCUUUAAGAACACACGACUAUUCCUUUUAUGAGCAAUUUGAAUGCUUGCCUUUUAAUUUUCACUGGAUGGAGAAAAUAGCAGUCCCUCCCUAUCGCCUCUUUUUAUGCCAUUUUGUUGAUGCUGAAAAACAUUUAGAAAGGCUACAGAUAUUGAAGAUGUUUUUUGCAAUAUUUAUAAUAAUCCAAAAGAGCAAUUGUCAAUUUUUUUGGUUUUAUGAUUAUUUUAUAUCUUAAUCUAUACUUUUGAACUGGUUUGGCAGCGGAGUUGGUCCUCAGCCAGGUGUAGUUCAUUUAAAAUGCAUAGCGUUUACUUGGUUGACUUUGAUUGCAAAUUUGUAAGCAGACAAACUGCUCUUACACUCUUAAAUGUAUGCAGUAAGACAGAACUUCUGCAAUCCCACUAUUCAAAUGAAAUACCUCGGACUAUUAGGUGUAAAAGCACUCUGACUGACUUGUUAAUCAGUAUGUUAAUUCUAUGCUCUUUCACUCUUGCAGCGAGUUGUAUGUUAAUGAUUGGAGUCAUUGAGGAGGCAAUAAUAUUGUGAAGCAAAUCCAGAAGACAGCGUUCCAUUUGAUAUAGCGCUAGUAUCUUCCAUUUAGCCUCUUAUUAGGACUCUGAACAAGUAUUGCUGCGGUAGUGUUUUGAGUUUCUAUCUGCACAAUGUAAAUGUCUUGUAUCAAAAUAAACUCUUCAUUGUAUCAGCCCAGUUCUGACAGGCAUUUGCCAAGUAAACUGGCCAAAUCAAGAUUUAAAACGUUAUGUAGGAGAUACUGUAAGUUUUGAAUUUGUACAAUGAAUUUGUUUAUUAAAAAAGAAAAAAGGUAUUAUUACCAACAGUUUGGUUGCACUGAUUUUUGGCCACAAUGACAAAAAUGAGACGUUCACCUUGCCUCGGGGAAACAAAAGGUGAUAAGUUAAAGAUGGUCAGUUUCCUGGGAUUUUUCCUCACAAUUUUCUUCAGAAAUAAAGGGCAUUUUGCAUGAAUACAAAAAAGACUGAGCAGGUGGAUCCAAGAAACUUUAAAUCGGAGCUUGAAAUCAGCCACGACUCCGACAGACUUCUAGGUUAUCUCUUUAACCUCCUGAAACCCUGCUGCCACAUGCAUGGACAUCACAUUUAGCUUCGCUAUAGGCUAUGUAUAAUUUAAUUUAUUAAACAGACUGAUCUCAGUUCAGGAGACUCUAGGCUGUCAUUAAAGGGUUAAACAUUGGACGCACAAGUUAUGUGACAAAACAACAUGGUGCCAAUCUCAG